GCAACCAGCGCUUAUCCCGACCUGAAGUGUCAAUUAUUGCACCGCAGCCUUAACAAGCUGACCCCUCAGCGUUCUCUACAGCCCAGAGACAACCACCGAGUUCGCAGCCAUUUGACCUGAUCAAUGGGACCUGGGCAGCCAAAUCCGAUGACCUUCUCAAGCCGUUCGCGAUCGAACGUUCUGACCUGGCUCGAUACGCUCUCGACAUCUUGUCCAGAUCCGCCCUUCGCCUGUCGCACCCUGGGCAGUCACGAACACAGGAAACGCCGAGCCCCGGAUUCCGAUUCACCAAAACCUCCAUUCAAACGACCUUGCCCCCUCACCCCUCCAGCAUCAACCAUCAUGUCCGUCUCGCCAGCCAAACGAUCGCACGACACACCCGACUCCAUCAGUGUCGCCUCCUCCUCGAACCAAGAUGACGAUCAGACUCCCAGGAGCAAAAAAAUAAGAAUGGUGCCCGAAUGGGGAAGCCAGCCACCUACAACAUCUUCGCGACGCAGUGCUUCCGUCUCCCCAAAGAAGCUGGCCCGCAAUUGGGCUGUGAGGAAUGCCUCUGCACGGCAGUUUACCAUCAAGGAAGACAUCCCAGCGUCGCUUCAAAGCAUGUGGAAGGAUAUUGGUCGAUACGAUAGGGGGAUUGGCACCAUUGGGCUCGCGGAAAAGGAAGCGGUUGAAGCCGCCCAAACCACGAUCCCGGAAUACGAGCAGGAUAUCUUCGAGGGUUUCUUCUACGAGCAAGAACCACCAGCGGGAGACGGUACACGCACCGCGCUCGGCCCCACCCCCUCUGUCGCCGCCGUCCUAGAUAUCAUGGAACGAGGCAUCAGCUGCCGUGACGAGCAGAUGGACGAAGCCGGCUGGAACCAAAUUGUCCACAACCGAAUUCUCGAACUCGCCUUUACCGGCUUGUGGUGCAAAAACGACGAUAUUGUUGCAUUUUCUCCCUGUACGUCUGCGACCAUCAUGUCCAACUACACCGAUGCCAUUAGCCGCAAGGUCGAUUUCUGCGCGUGCAUCCGCCCCGACGCCUUGUCUGCCAUCGCCAUCCAGUCCGUCCGUGACCAAGAUGCACUGGCGAGCGUCUCCAUCAACCACACCGACUUCCCCCCUCUUCAGGCCCGGCCAAUCGCCCUUUCCAUCGAGACUAAGAUUCACGGCGAAGGAAUGAACAAUGCCGAGGCCCAGCUCGUCACAUGGCAUGCUGCGCAGUGGCGCCUGUUGGACCGGCUGGUGGGGCGGGCAGACCCCAAGAUGCAGCUACCGGAGUUUCUGCCAGGGAUGAUCAUCCAAGGACACGAAUGGUUGUUCGUGGCGAGCACGAAACGAGGCGAUCAGGUGACGCUAUGGACGAGCCAGCACAUUGGCUCUACGGCCAAGGCCACAGGGGUGUAUCAGAUCGUGUGCGUGCUGCAAUACCUGAAGCGGUGGAUCGAGGAAACGUAUUGGCCGUGGUUCAAACAGGCCGUUCUACGGUUUUCAGACGAGACCUGAAGCCUUUUCGCUGUUGUCCAUUGUCGAGUGGAACGACACUGUCAACUUUCGCCUUUUAAAUUUAGAUGUUUGGCUUCAUCUUCGAAACUACGGCUAGCAAAGGUUCGACCUAUGAGCUUGCAAAAGAGACUCGGAACCCGGUUUAUCUCACCACUGGAAUGCGACCAAACAAAACCUCUACGCUCUCGGGAUGUUUGGUGUUGAUUUUGUGCCACAGGGCUUAGCCAUCUGGCCCGUGACGUUGGCAAGCUCGAGAGAUGGCGCAGCGUGUUUUCGUGGCUAGCAAACGUCUGGCUAGCCUCGUGCUGCUGUUGCACAACAUCACAUAAUACCCUCAACUCAGGAUUCGGUGAUAACGGCCUUACGUCCUAAAGGUGUAAGACGAGGUCGAUCUCGACCUAACGCAACCUUAAGCCAUGAGUCCUGCGAUACCCACCGGUUCCCUAUGAGACGACUUGGACCGCCUUGUCAUCCCAGGAUGAGCACGGCUUCUCUGCGGAUGAAGUUCUCUGCAGGACCAACCGCUAGAGUCUUGUUUAUCCCAGACCAACAGGCGUAGCCCUGAAUACGCUGGAGACUUCGUCAAUAAUCGAGAUCGCGGUAGUCGCAUUCACGGAGUAUGAAGCGCCUCAUGAGAAUCGGGCGGUUGUCGUUGAAGUCAAGCCCUCCUGGGCAAUGCAAGCUGCAUGUGGGCAACUGUAAGACAUUGAGCAUACUCGAGGCGCCACUGUUUUCUAUUUUUUCCCUGUUUUACAUCACAAACAUCUUAGCAGAAGACCCGAAGCUUCGCUUCGAGUACGCAGACAAUGUCGGCCUUAUGGCCAUGGGCCCCUCCCUUGAAAGUAAUUGUUGGUAACUAUACCAGGUAUCCGUAUAUACGGCGAGGUGAAGCAACGAAGACUCGUUAUAUUGGUCUACUUAUGAUAUUGCUUAUUGUGUGUAAUACAAAGGGAGGUUAUUGCCACGGCCGUCAGAGGCCGAUAUGUAGCCUUCCGGGCACACGAGUCAUCCGGCCGGCGGCCGGACAGCUUAUGUUCCGACAGUUUCAUAAGGCCUUUACGCAAUCUCUUACAG